GAAAGACGAKUAAUUCAAUUGGAUAUCAYUUCGAGAUUCAGGGAAUCGUGGAUGAUUAUAAGACGCAUUCGUCAAGAGCACGAAAAGACCCUUCAGUCGAUGGAUGUUUUCUUAAAAGAUGCAAUCAUGAACAAGUCAGCUGAAAUUGGGGAGUACGUACGAAAGGGAAACGCUGGUAAUARAUAUUCACUCUCAAGCGUGAAAAGUGGUAUAAGAAACAUUGAUGAGGUCCUCAACAUCGACGAGAUGAUCUCUGUCUACUACGAUGUGUUGUCUUCAACAGAUUUGAUAUACAAACACAAUGAGUUCCUGACAAACUAUGUUUUGAGUCAGGCCGCUUUUGCAAUACGCAGAUCAAAGCUGGAAAAUUCACUGCGCUUUAGAGACAGCACUGAGGCCGAAAGAUACGAGAGUUUCACUGAGCUCAAAACAAGCAACGGAAUAAGAGAAACGGCAAAACUUAUCCGGGAUGGCCUGUCCGUGGGGUAUGAGGAAGCACAAAAAUAUUCCGAGAGUGUGAACACAACGAUCGAUUCUUUUGAAAAAGGUUUUGAGAGCCUUAACUCAAUAUCCAUUGGUCAAAACUGUCAGACAGUCAARCAAUUGAGUCUUUUCACUGCAAACACGUUUGUGGGUUUCUUCCACGUACUCCACAACAUGCAAACUGCAAUGGCAGCGUCUGAGUAUAAAAUUAAAAUUGAAAAAUUUUAUGAUGAUAACAUCUUAACAACWAUGAAUGCACAUUCAGUACAGCCAGCCAUCAAACUGAUAUUGAAAUGUUUACCUGAAAGAACGAAUCCUAAUGUCCAAGAGGCUUAUCGAUUCUUAAACCAGUUUGCAACCACUUCUCUUGGAGGGAGCAAUAUAAAUAGUUUUAAUACAACAAUGAGCCAAGUACCGAUGUACUUGGAAAAAUUACUCGRUGGUUUCCGUUGCUACAGAAAGAUUUUCCAGGUCAUGGGGAACGUCAUACAAGGUUGUAAAGAUGGCCGCAAAAGUUUCGAAGACCUCUAUAACGAACACUCCACAAAUGCAGACCUCGGAAACUCAAAGUGUACAGACAUGGCUUUAAUGGUGACCCCAACAAAAGAGCAAAUUCAGCAAAUCGUCCGCGCUGCCGCAACAAAAUUCAACUUUAAUGCCGAYUGUCGACAAAACCAGCAAAGUGACGACCCGGGCCACAUCUACUUCGAUGAUGGGUUAAGCUACGCAGACGAAGAUGAUGACAUUCGUGGGCCAUCUCGCCUUUCUGCCUCGCAAAAGUACAUGGUAUGCGAUCUCAGGAAUAAGUAUUCCAAACCAGACAAUGAGAUCGCGGAGUUGAUCAAAAGAGAUGUUAGUUUGGUGAGUUCUGCAAGGUGCAGGUAGUCAUUGAAAGUUCCAUGUCGAGAGAGUUAAUCGAAGGCCUUUUAUUCUUACRUGAUUAACGCAAGUGUUACGUUUUUGAACUGGCUUGUUAGUAUGCACUGCCAACAACUUAGUUGCAUAAUUAGCAUAUAUAUUAGUUUAUUGAAUAAAGGAUAAUUACAUCA